CUUGUGAUGGAGGUUUCCUUCCAAGUGGAGGUGGAGGUGGAUACGGUGGAGGCGUCGCCGUCGGCGUCGGUGGGACAGUUAAUGGCGACAACGGCGGCGCACGUCUGGGUCUGGAAGCCCCGACUUUGGCGACAGCCAACCGAUCCGCUGAUGGUAAUGGUGACUCUGGUUCUGGUGCAGUGUCGUCGACCAGACGAAAUCCCGCCAGCAGGCAAUAUCUCGCAGGAAAAUAGUGCCACACACCACACACACCACUCAACCAGGCAGACAGACUCCUUCGGAAUGACAGAGAACCAAAAAAAAAAAAUGAAAUAA